AUGGCAGGAAAAAUGAAAGAAAAUUCAAAAUAUAGCGACAAUUCUCUUUCAUCCUUAAACGAAUCAACUGGGUCGUUAAACAGAUCGUACAACGAUAUCUCUGAUCAAGAAAAUGGUAUAUACGUCAUAGUAAGAUCUCGACCAUUAAGCACCAAAGAAAAUAGAGCAAGUGAACCAUCAAUUGUAACAUUUCCGGGAAAUGGACGAAUUUUGGUGGAAGGAUUUCAAACAAUCGGUGGAUCAAAUGGGCCCAAAUCUAAACUGUUCUCUUUUAAUGUCGUAUUUGAACCGGCGGCCACGCAAGAAGACAUAUUUCAAUAUUCAGGCAUCAAGAAGCUCAUCGAGAUGGCCGCUGAAGGUUUCAACACCACUUGCUUUUGUUACGGACAAACCGGAAGUGGUAAGACUCACACACUUACGGGGCCACCAGGAAUGUUUUUCAACAAGCGCAUUGAACCUUUUUCCGCGGAUCAUGGUCUAGUAUUUCGAUCAUUUAUGUACCUAUUUCGAUUGGUACAACAACGACAAGAUCUUCAUUUUGUACUCAAAGCUUCAUUUCUAGAAAUUUACAAUGAAAAAGUGAUAGAUUUAUUGAAUCCAGGAACUGUCAGAAAGCCAUUAGAAGUGAGAUGGUCCAGGAAAGCCCGUAACUUUUAUGUUGAUAAUUUGUUUAUGGUGGACUGUGAAGAAUUAGAUGACCUACAAGCUGUGCUGGAAGAAGGCAUGAAAAACAGAACAGUAGGAAGCCAUAAUAUGAACGAAUGCUCCAGUAGGAGUCACACGAUGUUGACAGUGUAUAUAACAUCUGAACAACAAAUAUCUGAAGACGGCGUUUUUAUCACAAAACAAGGCAAAAUUAAUUUUGUUGAUUUGGCUGGCAGUGAAAUGACUAAGAAAACCAUGAGUGAAGGAAAAACUUUAGAAGAAGCAAAUAAUAUCAACAAAAGCUUAAUGGUUCUAGGAUACUGCAUAGCAUCUCUGAGUGAUCCUAAGAAGCGGAAAGGCCACAUACCGUACCGAGACAGUAAACUUACCAAACUCCUGUCUGAUAGUUUAGCCGGCACAGGUGUCACGUUAAUGAUAGCAUGCAUAUCACCGGCACGAUCAAAUGCUAGUGAAACAAUAAGCACGUUAAGGUAUGCAGCUCGUGCAAAAAAAAUCAAAACCAAACCAGUGAUAGUUAUGGACCCCAGAGAAGCAUUAAUCGUCAGUUUGCGGCGUGAGGUGGAGGCGCUGCAGAACGAAAACGAUCAUUUGCGGAAGGCUUUGGAUAUUAACAAGACGUCGUCGGCAAGUAUUUCGAAUGUCAAAAUGCCGCCCAAUAUGGACAUGGACCGGUUAAUACAAAUGGACCCCAAGGAGCUUGUGGAUCUGGUCAAACAUUACGCGAAUGAAAACGAGGCGCUACGCAGAGAAAACGCCGAGCUAUUCAACUCCAGGGACCUAUUACAGAGAGACCACGAAAUUGUUUGUAGGGAGAACGAACGACUGCUGAAGAAACUCGAAGACGUCAACUCGGCAUGUAUAAGGUCUCCAAUAAUUCCAGCGCGUGGCCAAUAUGUUGACAAAAUAGAAACUUCCUCAACAAACAGUUCUACGAACACACAAAUUAUACAAAUGGAAAAUAAUAAAUUGGGAAGAGAAAUAAUAGAUUUACCUAUGACCUAUCAAAGAGAAAUAGACAAAAAAGGGAUCGGAAAUACUAAAAGUAAUUUCGUGGGCUCUUUCAAGAACCGAAGAAAAACAUCAUCUGAUAGUUGUAAAGCACCGUCAAAACCAACUUCAACUAGAAGACCACCGCCAACGGUUGACCGCGUACAGUCUUCGACUAUGGUUGCCGGGUCUUACAACAUAUUCGACGACGGGCUCAACUCGGCUGCCUCGACGCUCGCGUCCAUCGUCAGUCGGCAAGCGUUUGACAUACCGCAGGCGGCCAGAGACAGCGGUGGAGGUGACGACAUCGGCAGUGCGGUUGACCGACGGAGCGCCGGCGGCCGAUUUUCUCUGCCUGACAUCGCAGGUCCCGGCGACGGCAUCGAAAGUGAAGUGCGAGCGAGGCGGGACAGCGUCGGAAGUGGCGUGCGGACGCGGCGGGACACCCAUCCUAGAGGCCGCGACCCGUUCGGAAGUCCGGUGACACCACAGACGUACAACGGAUUCAGGUACAAUGCUGGUAAUACUCGGGCUGCCGCCGCCGCCAUCAAAACGGCCGCCGCGUCCGGUUGAGAGAAAGGCGCCGCAGGAAUUGCGUGGACUUCAACGGGGGUCCCAUCAUUCCAUCGUAAAUAAUUGAUCGAAUAUAAUUGAUCGUAAUAAAAAUUUUCCGAAACAAUAUUUAUCUCAACUUAAAACCAUGUAUAAGGAUAUUCAGGUAUUAAGGCAUUAAAGUACAAAGACCAAAGCACAAAUGUACCUACAACUCUAUAUUCCUCUUAUUUGAUGAGUGAAGUGAAGUUUGCCGAAGGUCAACCGCCCUCUCCAUAUCCAUUCCUCGUAAGCACUCAUAUUAAAUUAGGCUUUGAGCUUGAAAAAAUAUCAAAGUUAUUUUUAUUGGUUAGACCUUAUAGCAUCUAUUUAAGUAGGUAUAUUUUACCUAUUUUUGUUAUACCAAGUAUUAUAUAAAGAGUAAAAUUGUAUUUUUUAUCGAUUAAUUUUCUAACUUCGCAAAGUAAAAAAAAAUGUUAGAAAUAUUACUUGUAAGUUGUAACAUUAAGUACGUUUUUCUAUAUUGUCUCGACUUAACGAGUUAUAAUAAAUCGUGAGCUUGUGCAACCCUAAAAAUCGUAUUCAUACCUACCAUAUUAUACGAGUACAUUGGUAUCAAUGUUAAGUAGGUAUAUUAUUAUCUGUUCACCGUCCACUUUGUACUGAGCUCAGUUACGAUUUCAUUCUAACAAUUCUAUACCGAUAUGAUCACUUUUUAGAAUUAGUUAGAAAUGCUCCAAUAUUUGUGACAAAUUACGAUAGUAUGUUUGUAGUGUGAACUGUGUAGGCCAUACGGGUUACGCAUAGAAUGACAAGUAUAUCCUUGGCUCGGUUUUUGUUUGUCAAAACUUCAAGUGCAUUUCCAGCAUUUUUACCUCGUUUGUCAAAUUUAUAUUAUUACAUUUCGUACUUACAAUAACAUUAGUCAAACCCAUAUGGUAAUAAUACGAUUAUAAAAAUAUAAUCAAAAAAUAAUGUUCAAAACGUAUAACAAAAAGGAAAAAAUGUAUAGGUAUACCAACAUUUUUUUUAAAUUUACUUUCGUAUAAUUUGCCGCUACAUUGGCCGAUUGUUAUCAUAGAAUAUUCUAUCGAUUUAUCCAAAAAUCUAAAACCAAUAUAUUAAUAUAAUAUGUAGUACUAAUUUUACUUGUAUAGGAUAAUAGGACGCUUGAAUUUUCUACUUUGCUCUUAUUCCAUGCUUUAUUGUAUACUAUAAUAACAGCAUGUAUUAUGAUAGUUCCCUAUCAAGUCGCAUGUUAUACUUUAAUAAAUAAUAAUAAUACAACUUAUACAACUACCUGAUUCCUAACUCCUGACACCUGUAUUACCUAUUAUUUAAUAUGUAACAUUGUAUCCGAAUUUUUUUCAAUCUUAAUCAAAAGUAAUAU